AUGUCCCUCAAGCGCAAAGCCUCCUUCUCUGGCCUCCCGUCGAGCAUGGCGAUGCCCAUGCCUAGCGGAUGGGGCGUGUCCGAUAGCUCCAAGGACCUUCCCAGCCGGACCCGAAAGCGCUUCCGGAACGGCCGUCCAGAUGACGACGUGGUAUAUGAGAAAACCCUACGCUGGAUCUUCUCUGCACAACAGCAACAGCAACAACAGCCCAUUACUCCCAUGGACACCGCAGACGACGCCAUGAUGGACGCCGAGACCAGUAUCCCUUCUCCCGAAACCGUCGACCCGCGCCAACAGACCUUGCUACGAUUCUUCCAGCCCCGUGCAGAGGCAUUGUCGCCCUUCCGACCCUCCCGCGAAGCCCUUGCAGCUCGUGCCAAUGAAACGGCUAUGGACCAGGAAGAGAUUAUGCGCCGCCAGGCCUUUUCGCAGAUGAAUAUGGCCGGAAGCACGAGCGGAAGCGAGAUCACGAGCCCGGGUUUUUUCCAGACCGAGACGGAUGUUGAUAUGGAUAUGGAUGGCGGGGAGAGUAGCGAUAGCUCGAAUCCCGUUUCUAAGUGGGGAUUCUGGAAUGGAGGUGUUUAG